AUGGGGCCAAGCAAGGUGGCAAUUCCCGGGUCGACAACUCCGUUACCAGAAGAAAAGCGGCUCGAAACUCCUCAGGAGUCGGAAGAAAUCUCAGGCACUGUCUUCCCGCUUGAACUCGAUGGCUCCGAAAAUAGAACGAGGACCGUCGACGGUAAAAUCAGGCCAAUCGGCCCUUCAUUUGCUACUUCAUAUAAAGAACGAAUGAACGCUCUUCGAUCUACGAGUUCAUCGCCGAGCCCGGGGAGCCUUGCCGCGUUAGACGAUGGAGAAAGAAAAGCCAAGGCCGAUGCGUUAAAAAGCCUACUCCUAAACCCUACCCAGCACCGUGUGACCUCAGGUUCACCUGGACAUCUCAAUGUCUCCAGCACGUUUAGCUCGCGGUCCAAUUCUGCAACACCGAGCAAAGGCUCCACUAUACGACCCCCGAGCUUACCGACCCCUGCGUCUUCUGAGAGAAGCGCGUUUAACAUUAAUCCCGCCAAGGAUAACCGAAGCAAUAGUAUCCCUUAUCAGUACUUGACAUCGCUCUGCAAUGGAGCCAGUUUCCCGAGUCCCUCUCCUAGCACCCGGAAAGAUAUUUCUCCUGCUACUCGUUCCAACCAGUAUCCGCAAACUACGCAUAUCAACUCCGCCCGUGCUUGCUCAGCGCAAUCCGCCUUUCACGGAAACUACGUCUCACCCACCCCGAACCGAACUGCAUCACCAUUGUCUACAGGGAUAAAACCUGCCCCGGGGGUUUCUUCGAAGCUGGAUUCGUCUGAAACAAAACGGAUGGAGGAUGAAUUGCGACGAAUUUUGAAGCUUACUCCUAGCGCCAAUACUCACGGUGUUAAUGGUGUUGAACAGACCAUAGCGUAA